AUUAUACUUUAUUAUUACAAAUGAGCGAACACAAGUAUCAAUGCGUUAUGGAAGAGUGAGACAUAGAGGCAGCCCACUACUGCAUCUGUCACCAGUGAUUCGUGUGAGACAGAUGUAAUGUCAAUAGACAUUAUGGGUGAGAAUUGAUGGGGAUAUGAUGUGGUAAGCAAUUAAGAGAUAUUUCAAAGUUGCUUCUUGGGUUUGUGGAUGGGCUCGAGAAGAAAGCAAUCCAGCAUAGUUUUACAAUGAUGAUAAAAGGACUUGAACAAGCAUUUCAGGAUGUCAAUGGUGUUGUAAAGAUGUUCCAAGCCAAUGUUGCUCAAUGCUUUGAACAAGAUAAGCAUGAAGAUUUCUCGAAGCUUGUGUUUCAAGGCAAACAAAUAUUGUCAGACAUCUUCGAAGGAACUAUCUUUGGUAACACAACAAAAUCAAAUCCGAUUCUGAGACUUCUGUUUGACAUCCAAGUGCUGGACACUCAGAAUGGAAACUUGGUUCCACCAAUGAGAGACAUCAAGAUCCUUGUCAACGAGAGAUCGAAGGCUUUGGUGAGUGAAUUCGCUAGAAGGAACAAGAAAAUGUAUGGAGACAAGUUAGAAGCUCAGCUCUCAAAAGUGAGAAAAGAUACAGAAAUGAAAUGAGAAGCUCAUUUUAAUCAGGAAGCUGAUAAAUUAUCAUAUACAAUUCUGAAACUUAGAGAUAUCUUGGCUGAUAAAGAGCAGAAGAUACAAAUUCUAAAGCAAGAGAAGCUUGAUCUUGCUAAGCAAAUAGAAGACCUUCAAGUCGAUAACAAAUAUUUAGAAUCACAGCUUGAAGAGACUCACAAAUAGCUUGCAUGAUACAAGUAUGAAUUCUGGUUUUCUAAUGAAAGGAGAAGUAAAACCAAUGCUUCAAUGAGAUAUUACCAUUCUUGGAGUGUGAACUACAGGGAAGACCUCCCUCUCUGCAGUUCUAACCAACAAGGAGUUCCCAACCUUCCCGUUAGGAACUGCUGAGACCACUUCUGGGGUCCUAGAAACUUAUUUCAGAGGUCGGAAGCUCAAAUGCAGGUUCUGGGACACUGUUAGGUAUUGAGAGCGAAACAAAGAUGCUCUUAUAAAGCCAGUCAAGCUUUCUUCAAUUGUUCUCUUGAUGUAUGACAUCACCUCUUGUGUCUCUCUCUGGGAUUGACAAGAAGCUGCUGAAUUAGUCAACCAGCAAGGAAAACAAAUAAUGAUUUACUUGAUUGGCAACAAGUCUGAUCUCCAACACAACAGAGAAGUCACAUAUGAGGAAACAUUUAAGUUCAAAACAAUUAACAAAGUGGAUUACCACUUUGAAAUCUCAGCUAAGACUGGAGAUGGGCUCCCAGAGCUUCAAGCACAUCUGAUGAAAAGCAUUCAGAAAUUGGACCAAAUCGAAAAGGACCCAGACUUUGUGGAUCUGCAAAAAGAAGAAGCCAAGUCGAUACAUGAUGGUUCGAAGAAACCCAUUAAAGGCUUUUUUGAAUUUUUCUAA